CAACGGUGCAUUAUUUUUGUCCUCCUGUCGCCGCCAUUGCUGCCAUGCUACGAACAUCUUUGAGCAGCUGUGUGCGGUUAAUUUGAUACAUUUAAGAUAUCUUUUAUUUUUUUACCGUGAAGCUUUUACCGCUAGGAAAGCUUCCGGAUUACACGGACUCGACCAUUAACGACCUUACUACGGUAGAAAUCACAGUCAGCGGAGACAAUAAGUUAGCUGCCUAGCUAACGUCCAUUUGCAAAAUAAGCUAGCAUAGGUGGUCGUAGCGACGCUCUCAGGGUCUUGUUUUCCUGCUGGUAAUUUCUCCAACACAGGUUAUUUCUAGACGCAUUGAAGAUGUCGCUACACGGUAAACGUAAAGAAAUCUACAAAUACGAAGCGCCAUGGACAGUGUACGCCAUGAACUGGAGUGUCCGACCGGACAAACGGUUCCGCCUAGCGCUCGGUAGCUUUGUGGAGGAGUACAAUAACAAGGUCCAGAUAGUUGGUCUGGAGGAGGAGAACUCUGAGUUUGUGUGUCGAAACACUUUCGACCACCCCUACCCCACCACCAAGGUGAUGUGGAUCCCAGACAGCAAAGGGGUGUACCCGGACCUGUUGGCCACCAGCGGGGACUACCUGAGAAUCUGGAGGGUGGGCGAAACAGAGACCCGACUGGAGUGCCUGCUCAACAAUAAUAAGAACUCUGACUUUUGCGCACCACUCACCUCCUUUGACUGGAAUGAGGUGGACCCAAACCUGUUAGGUACUUCCAGUAUCGACACCACCUGUACCAUCUGGGGGUUGGAAACUGGACAGGUGCUGGGCAGGGUCAACUUAGUGUCGGGUCACGUGAAGACACAGCUCAUUGCCCAUGACAAAGAGGUGUACGACAUCUCUUUCAGCCGGGCGGGUGGUGGCCGGGAUAUGUUUGCAUCAGUGGGAGCAGACGGCUCAGUUCGCAUGUUCGACCUCCGUCACCUUGAACACAGCACCAUCAUCUACGAAGACCCCCAGCACCACCCACUGCUCCGGCUCUGCUGGAACAAGCAGGACCCCAACUACCUGGUCACCAUGGCCAUGGACAGCAUGGAGGUGGUGAUCUUAGAUGUGCGUGUGCCCUGUACUCCGGUGGCCAGACUCAACAACCACAGGGCCUGUGUCAAUGGAAUCGCCUGGGCGCCGCACUCCUCCUGUCACAUCUGUACAGCAGCGGAGGACCACCAGGCUCUAAUCUGGGACAUCCAGCAGAUGCCGCGGGCCAUUGAGGACCCUAUACUGGCCUACACAGCUGAGGGAGAGAUCAAUAAUGUCCAGUGGGCCACCACCCAGCCCGACUGGAUCGCUAUCUGCUACAACAACUGCCUGGAAAUCCUCAGAGUCUGAGCUUCAGUCAUGAAGAAAUGAGGCAACUCAAAAACAUUGUUGGUUGAAUUAACAAGCUGUUUAAGAAGGACGGAGCGAUAUUCAGUUCAUGUUCGUAUUGGGUUCAUGUUGAUACAGGUUAUGUGUGUAAAGCUUUUUUUCAACUGAGUGAGAACGAGAGUACAUCAGCUCUUGACUUUGUGAUACAAAACCAAGACGUCCUGUAUCAGAAAACUCAAAGGAGCGCCAAAACAAAAAUGGUAAGGAACUGUAAUGUACAGACAUGAACCAAGGUUCAAUAGCCUUCAAGCUUUCAGUUUGUUGUCUCACGGACAAAAAGUUCAGUCAGUUUCAUGUUUUUAUACGCUAUUAUGGCGCAUUGUAUGUGUAGGUUUACCCAUUACCACAUCCUCAACCAUUCAUUUUUAUGAUGCAGCAGAAAUGUAGUUUAGCCACAUUUAAGAGUGGAUUUAAUGUGGUUUUAAAUGUUCAUAUAUUCAAUUGUUUUUUAACCUAAAUAUGUGUUCUAUUCAACUGAAUAUCCUUUGUGAUCUGUUGUGAUACAUUCAUUAUAUGUGCAACAAUUAACAGGUAUUAAAGCUAGGGUUGGUAGUCUAGCAGGAUUAUUCUAGAUUACAAUCAUCCAAACAUCCAAAAGUUGCCAAAUCUAGCAGGAAAGUCAGCAACACUGACAGCCCGUAGCCACUCCGCCAAAAUGAUCAUUAUGUAUGUAAACAUGUAAUGAAUGUAAACAACGAACAUGGCUAUUGUUAGUAACUCUCAGCUGUCAAGCUAGCAGUUUAUGGAAGACUCGUCCAACCAUUACAUCGGGGCCGAUUGAACAUUAUUAAGAAGUGAUCAGAGCAUUUGGUUCAUUGAUUGUUUUCAGGAUUUAAUGAAGAUUUCAACAAUCUCAAAUGUUUUUGAAAAGAUUACCAACCCCACCUUUUAACCGUUGACCAGAAUACAGAUUUCUGUUUGUAAUUUGCGCACCAGUUAUUUUAUUCGUAUCACCAUUUAUUUUUGUGACAUAAAUAAACAGUCCCUCACAGUUUAAACCAUUCUACAGUUUUAUAUUAAGACAAUUAAUUUACAGUGAGGUGACUCAACAAAUUGCUAAAAAUCUAUAGUACAAAUUUACAGUUAGAAAGGAUAGGUUGAAUAAGUGUUUUCUUUCAUUUACUGUUUAAUACUGAGAGAACACUGCCUGACGUACAUCAUACACAAUCCUACAAUAUAGAGAAACGUACUUAUUAUUAUUAUUUUUUUUCAAACUGUCAUUGUUUAACGAAUGCUGUGAGUCCUGUUGUGAUAUUAAGUUCUGUUGUGAUAUUGGGAUGAGUAGACGGGGUGAACAGGAGUUAUUUCUUACUUGCUGUAGGUGUUUCAGUACGGGGUCAUGAUGUGUGAUUAUUUGCUAAACAUAAAGUCAGAAAACCA